GUUUGGUGGUUGAGUCUGAAGGUAGAGCGACCACUUUAAGGGAGCCCUUACAUUUUAGAGGGAAGUCAAGAAGGGGGAAUUUUUUUGCGAGGAAAUGUGUCCUUUUUUUGGAGGAAAUUUAUCCGUUUUUGGAAUAAUAAUUGCUAGACUAGAGUGAAAGUGGGUAAAGGAAGAAGGACGGAGAACGAUAAGUAGACGGGAAAGUUGAGACGAGUAAAAAAAUAAGGAAAGAAAUUACGAGAAAAGGUGGAAAUUGGUGAAUAAAUGAGAAGAGACAUUUUUUUGCAUGAAAUGUCAAUUUUUUUGAGACGCCAUGUUUAAACUAAAGAUUUUGAAAAGACUUCUCUUCUGGGAAAGGAGGUCGUAAGAAUUGUAAAAAAGUGUGUGGGUGUUGAUAUUUUUUUUAAAUAAGUAAACGAUAAUGUUCGUUGAUGGACUUGGAACAGUUAAGUGGUCAAAUCAAACUCUAGUUGGACAGUAAAAGUACGGAUUAUACGAAGAUAAAUAUUCUCGUGGUUUCGGUGUGAUAGCAAAUUUUUUCAAGAAAAGUCGGACUGAUGAUGAAGGUAGAGACAAAUGUGAUAUGCACCACGUGCCACGAUAAAAUCAUGGACCGAUUCCUUCUCCAGGUGAACGGUCUUCAAUAUCACACGGAUUGCUUGAGGUGCUCAGUUUGUGCAAUUUGUCUCCAGUCGGAAUCCUCCUGCUUUUUCAGGGAGGGGACGGUCUACUGUCGAAACGAUUACUACAGAUCGUUCGGCACGAAAUGCGCAAAAUGUACGAGAUGGAUAUCGUCCUCCGACUGGGUCCGUCGUGCUCGAGAUUCGUCCUCUCUGAUGGAACAAGUCUAUCACUUGGCGUGUUUCGCUUGCGACGCUUGCAAGAGACAACUUUCAACGGGAGAAGAAUUUGCCCUUAUUGACUCCAAAGUUCUUUGUAAAACACAUUACCAAGAAACUAUCGAAGGGCCUACGGACGAUUCGGAUGACAGCGCAAAUGACGAUCCAAAUCAUACCGGAUCAAAAUCUAAGACGAAACGCGUUCGUACAACGUUUACUGAUGAACAGUUACAAAUCUUACAAGCAAAUUUUUUAAUCGAUUCUAAUCCGGAUGGGCAGGAUUUGGAGAGGAUAGCGCAGAUAACGGGGUUAUCAAAACGGGUGACUCAAGUUUGGUUUCAAAAUUCUAGAGCGAGACAAAAAAAGCAUAAUAAUAACAAGAAAGGAUCUGGAAACCAAAAUUUUCAACGUCAAAUCAACCUGAGACUCACAUCGAAUUAUGGGGGAGAUUUAUGAGAAUCGUCAUCACCGCAAUGUCUGGACUUAUCGUUACACCAAGAUCGGUGAAAAUCGUCGCCACCGCCACGAUAGGUCCGUCGUCGUCGACAAGGAACAUCGUCCCACUUGCACCCAAUUAAUUAGAAUGCAUUCCUUCACCCACCAGUUUUUAUGCAUUUUAUUUAAUCGGUGGGCUGGGAUUCCGCAGUUAAUUUAUUUUAUGUAUUAAGUAUUUUCUAAUUGCUAAUGUUUUGUUUGUGAAAGCCAGUCUUCAGUCCAGUCAGUAUAAAGACUUCGAUUUUGUUUGGUUUUAUGUGUCUUUAAAAAAUGUAAGUUCCGUGUCGAUUUGGUUUGGCGUUCAUUAAUCCGUAUUAAUAAUUAAAACAUUAGGUGGAUAUUGGUCAGAUAAAUGUUCUCUUCUUAUCGCACCACUGCAUUUACUUAUCCAACUUAUUUAUAAAACUUUUCUCAGCAAUUAGAAAUUGUAUUUAGUAACUAUUAAUUGAACUAAACAAUCAACCAAAGAAGAAAGAUAAGCAAAGUUACUAAACUAGGAUUGAUAAGCUAAAUAGAUAAACAACAUACCAAAUUACUCUUGUUAUGAAAUCUCAGCGUUACAUGUUAACUUUAGAAAAUAAACUUAAGAAAAGAAAACAGAAUAGUAAGAAAGAAUGUUAUGUCAUGUUUUCCUUGUGACAAAAAUCUUUGCAGUUCAUUUUACAUAUUUUAGAAAGUAGAUAUUGCUUAAAUUCCGAAUUAUGCAAACCACAAGCAGCGAACUUUACUCAUUUUAAAUAUAAUUCAUAAUCAUUUUAUUUACUUAAGUAUUAAGAUAUUUAACUUUUAAGAAAUAACUUGUAGUAAAUACGUAAAAAACAACUACUCGUACAUAAAUGUGUAUGUAUGAGCACGAAUCCAGUCAUCUCAUAUAAAUAAAUGAAAUCAGAAAACUUUCAAAAAUUCCGGAACUCAUAAUUUUUUUAAAUUCUAAAAGAAACUACUAAAUUCCCAACUCACUCGACUCCUUCAGUUCCAUUCUCUUCUCGUCCAAGUGAACAUCUCCACCUCGCUCGCUCCUUCUCCCAUUUCUCAAAUUUUCCAUAAUUUUUCGAAAUUGUUUUUCGUCCUUGCCUGAAGUGACAACCACUCCCCCUCAGCCAUCAACAACAGCUUCAUCUCUCUUGUCCAGUGGACGCGAAGAACGUUUGAAGAACAGAAAGAACGGUAGUAACAAUACAUUAGCAGAAAGAAUGGCUCCAGCAAAGGCAAGGAAGGCGGUGGAAAUCUUCUCUGAGCAGUUUCGCAUGGAUGAACUGACUCGUCGAAGGGCAACAGGGGACGAAAUCACGGUCGCAGAGUUGUCCAAGCUUGCAUCUAAGAAGUGGAGAGAGCUGUCGACCGAGCAGAAGGCCAAGUUUAAUAAUAUGGCCGACAAGGAGAGAGAAAAGUAUGGGGAUGGGGACGAUGAUCGAAAAUCGCGACGAUCCGUAAAGAACAAGGAUAAGGGAGAGAAGGAAAAUCGGGAUGCUGAAACCAAGAAGCCAAAGAAAGUUAAGGAUCCAAACGCCCCAAAAAGGAAUAUGACAAGCUUCUUCGUCUUCAGCAAUGAACAGCGUCCCAUUCUUAAGACUGAAAAUCCUGAAUUUAAAACCACCGAGGUUGCAAAGGAGCUGGGUCGCCGUUGGAAGGAAUUGGACGCAGCGGAGAAGAAACGAUACGAAACUAUCGCUGAAGAAGACAAGAAACGCUACGUGAAAGAAUUGGCAGCGUAUGAGAAGUCUCAGCGUUCGGAAAUGGACUAAAAUAUUCAAUGCUUCCAUUUCUUUAAACUUAAUUGUACUUGAAUUUUUAAUGUUCUUGUGAAACGCACAUUUGUGAUGUUCUGUGAUUUCUCCAUGUAUUUUAGCCCAUGUUGGCAUGUUUGUCUAAUAAUCUUAUAACAAAUUUGUAAAAGUUCUUCAUCAUUCACGUACUAUAUAUAUUUCUUUAUAAUUUUAACCAAUUUCAACAAACUUGUCAUGUUUAUAUGAUUCCCUUGUAUGUGUUGACAAGAAGUGAUAUAAAUCGGAUGCUUUACUAUUAAAA